CCACGCCUCUUCCUUUGCACCAGGAGUGUGGGAGCGAACCUUACCUCGUCGUGAUAGGAAUAACGAAUCAAGCUCUUUCGCUUGCGUUCGCGUGUGGGAGAACGCGACCGCAAAGAUCCCUUCUCCCCUCCCGGAUUUUUCUCUUCCGCCCUUUUUUUUUGUCACUCUCGCGGCGAGGGGAGAGCAAUGGUGUCUGCCUCUCUUUCCUUCGUGCCCUACUCCUCUUCUUGCUCUCCGUUCCCGUCCAAAUCCCCUUUCGACGCUUCAUCGGUUCCAUCGAUCGCAUUCCCUCGCUCCUUGCGAAUCGCUGGACCCCUAAAUCCCUGGCGAUUGCUCUCCUCUCUAUCUUCGUCGUCUUCUUCUUCCCGCCGUAUAAAUUAUCCGAAGGCAAGAGUGGUUGCGAAGCUCUCCACUGCGAUCGAUGAUGAUCCCGCUGGAGCGGAGCAGUUCCUGGAGAACAAUUCCAUCUCGGCUUUCAUGAGAUUCAGAAAGGGCGAUGGGGGCAGAGGCGACGGCGGCGGCGAGCUGCAAACGGCCGUUGUCAGCUAUCGAAAGAGGUUUCCAUGGUCAUUGCUCGAUCCAUUUCUCCAGGUGGAUUUGGUAUCGACAAUCCACAUUGCAGACAAAGAGUAUUUUGAGACCCUACAAAAAGGCCUUGAACUUUACGACUGUGUCCUCUAUGAGAUGGUGACAAGCAGGGAUAACCUAGAGAAUAGGAGAAACUCGGUAUCUACUAAAAGGCCCAAAAAUUCACGUUCUAAGGGCUUCAGUAUUCUUGGCUUCAUUCAGAGGCAGAUGGCUCAAAUUCUUUCACUGGAUUUCCAGUUAGAUUGUCUUAACUAUGAGGGUGAAAAUUGGCAGCAUGCAGACCUUGACUAUGAGACUUUCAAGCUACUUCAGCUUGAAAGAGGUGAAAGCUUUUUCACAUUUGCAAAAGACAUGACUCUCAAAUCCACAAAAGCAUUUGUGCAACCUGCUUCUAUACGGGAUGAUCUUGGUCCUUGGAGAUCAAAGCUUCUUUGGGCUUCUCGGGUGCUACCUAUGCCACUUGUUGGACUUUUUAUCAUCAGCAGCGUUUGUGCACCUUUGGAAAGUCAGACUGCAGAAAAUCCUGAGCUAGAAGCACUGUCAAGGCUGGAUUUUGGAGCUGCAAUGAAGAUUUUCCUGGCCAAGCGGCUAACUUCAGAGUUCACAGCUAUAACUGCAGCCCUCGAAGAGAAAUCAGUCAUAAUUGGCGAAAGGAACAGAGUUGCUACUGAGGCGUUGCAUAGAGCAAUAGAUAGCGGGAACAAGAGAAUAGCAGUGCUGUAUGGAGGUGGGCAUAUGCCAGACUUGGGAAGACGAUUACGUGAAGAGUUUGACAUGAUACCUUGUGGAGUGCAUUGGAUAACAGCUUGGUCCAUAAGGAAUCGAGAGCUUGAUAGCAACUCGCUUCCGUUCCUUAGGACAUUGGCCAAGCUAUCAGGUUGGCCUCUGAACAGAUACCAGACGCUGGCUUUGUUAAUCUUCUCAUCAGUCCUUGCACUGGAUCUCUGGUUUUGGGAGCUCUUCUUUGGUACUGUAGUGAACUGGGCUUCCUGGGCUGCUGCUGAAAUCAACUUAUUCACAGAUUACGUGGGGCAUGUGAUUAGCCACUAUUGAUAACCUCAAACAAAAUUAUACCUAGUCUUCUUGUAAAGAAAAACCAUAGCUUUUCUUUCCAUAUCUUUUACCUGCCUCGGUAUCUCUUCUUCAGCAGUCAAGAAGAUACUUGUGUAUGGGCAUGUAAAUACCAUUUAAUUGACUGAUUCAUUUAAUAUCUCUAAAAUUGCUAGGUUAGGUAUGGGUUAACACCAA